AUGACCUUCUUCAUCACCUUUCCCUCCAUCUUCCUCCUUUCCUUGGCAGUUUUAUCAAUCCUCCCAACCACUCCGGCCUCAGCCGCCAGCACCUUGUACGCAGGCCAAUCGCUUAAUCCAGGACAAUCACUCACACAAGGCAACUACUCCUUCAUCAUGCAGCAAGAUUGCAACCUCGUCCUCUACGAUAAAAACAGGGCCGUAUGGUCGACGGAGACAAGUGGGAGGGCCUCCGGCUGCGUUCUGAGGCUGCAGAUCAAUGGUAAUCUCAUCAUUUAUAGCGGCGUCAGAGUUAUCUGGCAAAGCAACAGCAGUGGGUUUGUCGGGAUUUACUAUCUCAUUCUUCAAACAGAUCGCAACGUUGUCAUCUACGACUUUUUCCACGACGCUAUUUGGUCAACCGGUACUGAAGUUCCCAGCGCUGAUAGUGUUGACGACAAGGCGGCUCCGUUUGCUGUGGCGAAGGAGAAGGUGGUGGAGAUCGACAACGUGCUUGAAGGGUAG